UGAUAUUGUUAAUAUAUUCAUCAUUAUUUAAGUAAAUGAAUCAUAAAUUAAUAUUACGUGAUACAAUUUAUGAUACAAUGAACGCUGGCUACUAAAGUCGAAAAAUCGAAAGUUGAAAUUCAGACCAAAUAAAAAACGCUUGUAUUAAAUCAAGAGGGGACAGCAUAUAGUCUACUAGUGGCCGCAGUAAUACAAGUGAAAUUUAGGUGCAACAUCAUAUGUGCUUGACCUUAGACACAUAAACAAGGUUCCAUUGUAACAAUUAUUGUAUUAAGUGUCAGUGCAAAGUGUAUAAAUCAUGUUAUCGUGAUAUCAACUACGUAUCAGUUUAAUAUUUAGUUCUAUCGUUGCUAAUGACACGGUGAAAGUUUUGCAUCAUGGCUGAAAGUGUGUUCGAAGAAUGGGAAGAAUUGGCAAGCGAGUACAAGGCUCUAGAAAAACAAAAUGAAGUAUAUUUGGGGAAAUUAAGUGAGCUGAAUAAUCUUCAACAGAACUGCUUGAAGCAAAUCACCCAUCAGAGAUAUAGGAUUGGAGUUUUGUCGAAAAAUUUGAAGGAUUAUGAGAGGAAUAACAAUAGCAACGACACCAAAAUACAGGAGUUGAAAAACGACAUGCUAAAAAGAGAAGAAGACCUACAGAACAUAGAAACCACCCUACCAAGACUCGGCGCUACCUACCUAAGAGUAAUUUUGGGUAAUGUAGAUGUCUCAUUUCUAAACAAAGAGGCCAAACUUCGUUACAAAGAUGAUUUUGAGGAGUUCAAGUUGAUAUCCCACAUAGCUUGCUUUAUAGUUAUACUAAUAAACCUACAGGUGUACUUUAGACCUUUAGAGCUACUAUAUUUUUUCUUUUUGGUUUGGUAUUACUGUACACUGACAGUUCGUGAGACCAUUCUGAAGGUAAACGGCUCCAAAAUCAGAGGAUGGUGGAGGGUCCACCACCUCUUCUCCAUAGCUUUAUCAGCCAUACUACUUACAUGGCCCAGCGAUCAAAUAUGGUUAACGUUUAGAUACCAGUUUUACUGCUACAAUAUCUAUGUGUGCUUGGUUCAAUACCUAUUAUUCCAAUACCAAAAAGGUCAAUUAUAUAGACUUAAAGCCUUAGGAAAAAGAGAUAAUACCAUGGAUAUAACAAUCGAAGGGUUCCACAAAUGGAUGUGGAGGGGUCUAUCCUUCUUGCUACCAUUCCUCUUCAUAGCCUACUUCAUCCAACUAGCCAACGCUUUCAGAUUGAUCAAUCUAUGUAGAUACUACGACUUCACCUGGCAUGUUCCCGCCAUAAUAGUAUUGUUCAUAGUGCUAUUCAUCGGUAACACAGCCACCACAAUAAUGGUGGUUCCUGACAAGUUGAAAAAGAAAAUGGUGAACCAGUACAGAUUGAAGCUGAAUGUUGGUGGCAUCGCCAAAAUUUCCAGCUUCACCAACCUCACCAGAAUGGCGCAAGAUAAUUCCAAUGGAAAAUAAUUUGUGAUAUUAAAUUGAAUAAAUGUUUUGUAUUGCUCAAUAUUUAUAUUUAUAAAUAAA